AUGACAGCCUCUGUAAUAACCACGGUUUUAGCAUGUCUGUGGCUUUCUUAUAGACUUUAUAAGUUUCUCACUAUUCCUGUGUCCAACAUCGUCUCCACUUUGAAGAUCAAAACUCCUCCGGCAACAAAAGUGUCUAUCGACAAGAUCGCCACGGAUUCAGUGACCAUUCAUUGGGAGAACGAGCCAGUAAAAGUAGGGAAAGACGUGGAUGUAGACAGAAACUUCAUCUCCCACUAUUUAUUGUAUUUGAACAACACACAAUUGGCCAUCUUUCCGAACAACCCAAACUCUCUUUACACAUGCUGCUCCAUCACUGGUCUCGAGGCGGAGACACAAUACCAGCUGGAUUUCAUAACGAUCAAUAACAAGGGCUUCAUCAAUAAGCUACCCUCCAUCUAUUGUAUGACAAAGGCGAGGGAAGCUAAUGAAGCACUGAAGACUAGAAAGUGGAGAAGGAACACGAUCACAUCGUCCACGGCUAUGCAGCCCAGCAAUUCCAAGUCUGAACUCGCCCCGUUGACUUCGCACUUCUCCUCUGUCUCCCUGUCUACUUUUGCAUCCAAUAUCACUAAUAGCACCACCAGUAAUAAUGGUUCGAACCUCCCCGCUUACACCUCUCUGACUACGUUAAAGGACUUGGAUUCGUUUUCCAUCGAUGAUUUGAAAAAAAUACUGAUUUGUGCCCAGGAGGACCUACACGAUGUUUUGUCUCAACAAACUUUGCUUUUGCAAGAUUUUCAGGAAUCGAGGUUGGAGUUAGAGCUAGAACUGGAUAAUUUGAAAACGCAUUGGUCGCACGAGAUCGAUUUGCGGAAAUCCUUGAAAUCCAAUAUCAAGUCAUUGGAGAAUUCUAAGCUAUUGACUGAUUUGAAAAUUGAAAAAUUGAACAAGAAAAUCGACAAAUCCAAGGAAAAAAUAUCAAAAAUGCGCAAGGACAUGCAGAACUGGUCUCGGGAAGAUACCGAACUCUUGUCCAAGGAAACCAUAAAGGAGAAAUAUUUCAAAUUGCUAAGCGAAUCCAAUGCCUCUGUGGCCAAUGUCAACAAAGAUAUUGAAUCUUUACAAAAUGAAAUUUCCAAGGUGGAAGAAUCUAACAAGAGAUUGAACGCCACUAGAAAAUCACUGAUUACAUCCAUAGUGGUGAACGCUAAUGUAGAAAACGACAAACCCAUUGCUAAUGGAGAACUGUCGGCUGUCUUGAAAAAACUUAAUGAUUUCACCCUAGAAAAAAAUGGGUUCUUAAGUAAUGCUGGUGAAGAGUUCUUAUCCAGAUUGAAUGCAGACUCGUCAUUGAUUAAAAUGAUCAAGCAAGAGCUAAGCAUCGAUCAAGAGUUGGAGACCAACUGGAAAUUGCAGAGAUCAAAGAUGUUGAAAAAAAUUAGUACUUUAGAAAACCAAUUUAAUGAAAUGAGCCUCAACAAUCGGACGUUGAAAACAAAAUUAAUGGUUCAACCAUAUAAGAACAACGGUGAUCCGCUUGCCGCUACCAAUUCAAAUAAUUCCACGGAAAAAAACAGAAGUUCUGGAUCGAUUCAAUUACCAUUAUCCAGCAACAUGUCAAGAACAGGGUCCAUGGAUUUAAUAUCGAAUAAUAACAAAAGUAUUAACAACAACAAUGGAGAUUCUGCUCCUCCAUUGAGGCUACACAAUCCGGUGUCGUAUUCACCUACAAACGAAUCUAUACAGCCUUCAAGCAGUCUAUUGAGUCAAUUGACGCAGGACACUGAUAACCGAUCAAUGCUUUCCAAUCACAUCUCGUCUAAUAACGAAAACAAGCAACAGCCUUCUUCAUAUUCACAUGCUUUACCUACAACUGCUAUUGCUAAUGCAACAGCAACAGCAACCAAUGGUCACUCAAAGUCAAAUUUUUGGAAUACUACACAAUUUGCUCAACCCUCGCGUCAACAAGUGUCCACAGAAUUAGAUCAAGCUUUCGAGUACGAUAAUGCAAACCAUUUAAUCAGCGGUCUGCAAAAUAUGAUCUACGACGAAACAGACUAUCCUGAUAAUAUAAGCAACUAUUCCAAGGGGUUCACUACGGAUGAACUAGACAAUUACUGGACUAAGCAACAACCGCAAGUGCGCAGCACGAACGAGAGCCUCUUUUCCACAACCGGAACGCCCAUGUCAUCAUAUAAGGCCAAUCCUGUAUUAUCGCCCUAUUCUAGUUCUCAUUUGAGACAAAACUCCAACGCUGCCAAUGCGAAUUCGAUGCAUCCCCAGAGCCUACUGGCCGCUACGUUGAAUGAUCCUUCAUUGCAAAGUUUUGUACGUAGCGGCUCUUUCUACAGUGGUCCUCCACCGGCAAACACUUUGCAGAACAAUAUUAAAAAUAGCAAUGAAACUGAGAACAUUAGUCCAAGGAUAUCAAGUGACUUCAAUUUGUUGGUGCCGAACUUGAGUCCACGACUCUCAAACGAUGUACCCAUCGUCCCAGGAAAUAACACCACUCUGACGCCUUCUCAUUCGAACAUAUUAACAAUAAACCAUCAACCAACAACGGAUAACAAUACGAGAAGGUCGUUCCAUGCUUCUUCACCACCUUUCAAUUCCAUAUGGAAUUCAACCACCAGCCAACUUCCUCCCCCAUUAGAGGAGCAAUAUCACCUUGAUGUGCCUGUGACUCCAAAGGCUGCUGCUAAAGAAUCAAAUCCUAAGCCUUCGCACAAGAGAAACCAGAGUAACAGCAGUAUCUCUUCUGCGUGGUCCAAGUUUAAGCACAAGUCUGCAUCAUCUUCUGCUAAUGCUGACACGAAUAUUCAAGACUCAUCAACUCCAUCAACUAGUCCAAGUGGUAGAAGAAUGUCAAAGCUGUUAUCCAAGAGCGGUAUGAAUAACCUGUUCAAUCCACACAGCCAUGACUCAUGA